CUUCCGGGGUUAGAGCGCGCGCACGUGGUGCGAGGUCGAGGCCGGGUGGGGAGGGGAGCGCGAGUCGCCGGAGAAGCCAGACUGGAGGGCCGAGGUCCGAGGCCGGCGGAGGAAUGGGUGAAUUUAAGGUUCAUCGGGUGCGCUUCUUCAACUACGUCCCUGUGGGGAUCCGAUGUGUGGCGUACAAUCACCAGUCCAACAGGCUGGCUGUUUCCCGCAUGGACGGUACAGUGGAGAUCUACAACCUGGCGGCCAAUUGCUUUCAGGAGAAGUUUUUCCCAGGUCAUGAGGGUCGAUCCACAGAAGCUCUGUGCUGGGCCAAAGGACAGCGGCUCUUCAGUGCUGGACUCAAUGGUGACAUUAUUGAGUAUGACUUGGAAAAGCUGAGUGUCAAAUAUUCUGUGGAUGGCUUUGGUGGUCCCAUUUGGAGCAUGGCUGCUGACCUAAGUGGCUCAUACCUUGCGAUAGGCUGUGAGGAUGGGUCUGUGAAGCUGUUCCUGGUGACCCCAGAUAAAAUCCAGCUUGGACGGACUUUAGAGCGACAGAAAGGUCGAAUACUCUCAUUAAGCUGGCAUCCAUCUGGUACCCACAUUGCAGCCGGAUCCAUAGACUACGUUGCUGUGCUUGAUGUCAAGUCAGGCGGCACCACCCAGAAGAUGUUAAUGGACAAGAGGCACCCGGGCCCCCAUCGGCGCCGGUGUGUCGUGUGGGGAGUGGCCUUCCUGUCAGACGGGACCGUGGUGAGCACAGACUCGGCUGGGAUGGUGCAGUUCUGGGACUCGGAGACUGGUACCCUCAUGCAGUCACAUCCCCUUGCCAGUUCUGAUGUACUGUCCAUAGCUGUAGCAGAGAAAGAAGACAGCAUGGUGGUGGGCACAGCCGAGGGGACCAUUUUCCAUUUCCAGCUGAUUCCUUCAAAAUCAGACGGCAAGCAGAGCCAAUGGGUGAGAACGAAGCCCUUCCGGCAUCACACGCAUGACGUGCGCUCCGUGGCUCACAGCCCCAUGGCACUGAUCUCUGGAGGUGUGGACGCCCACUUAGUGAUCCGACCACUCAUGGAAAAUGUGGAGGUGAAGAAUUAUGAUGCUGCACUGCGGAAAAUCACCUUCCCUCACCGGCCUCUCAUCUCCUGUGCUAAGAAGAUGCAGCUCCUCCUCUUCCAGUUUCCUCAGCGCUUGGAACUGUGGCGACUGGGAGCCACUGACGCAGCUGGAAAGAAUGAGGAUAUCCUUCCACUCUCUAGAAACGCAGAACAUUUGCUACAGCUCAAAAAAAAGGGUCCUGAGAACAUUUGCUGCAGCUGCAUUUCCCCCUGUGGAAGCUGGAUAGCCUAUUCGACGGCGUCUAGGUUUUAUCUCUAUCGGAUGAAUUAUGAAAAUAACAGUGUGAGCAUCAAAAGGGUUUCUAAAGUGCCCAAGUUCCUGAACUCUGCCUUCCAGAUUUUGUUCUCUGCAGACUCCACAAAGUUGUUUGCGGCAUCAAAUCAAGGUUCUCUGCAUGUGGUUCAGCUGUCAGAGGGGGCCUUGAAACACCUGCACACCUUCGAUCCUCCGUCAGGGACCUUGGAGGCUACAUCUCUGUUGGCAGUAAGCCCAGAUGGGAAUUGGUUGGCUGCAGCUGGCAUGAGUAGUGGAGUCAAUAUCUACAAUUUGAAGCAUCUUAAGCCUCACUGCACAGUGCCUGCUUACAACUUCCCUGUUACAGCCCUGGCCAUCGCACCCAACAGCAACAACCUUGUGAUUGCUCAUGCAGACCAACAGGUCUUUGAAUUUAGCAUCCCUCAAAAACAGUACACAGAUUGGAGCCGGAAAGUUCAGAAGCACGGGCUUCACCACCUCUGGCUAGAAAGGGAUACACCAAUCACACACAUCACUUUUCAUCCCAAGAGGCCGACACACAUCCUCCUUCAUGACACCUACAUGUUCUGCAUCAUUGAUAAGUCCAUGCCACUUCCAGAUGACAGAACUCCCCUUUUCAACCAGCCUUCCUUAAGAGAGGCAUCUGAAAACGUCAGGAGGCGCCAUGCCCAUGCCUUCAAAAUCUCUAAGAAAUUUCAGCCUCUCCUCUUCAUGGACCUUUUGGAUGAAGGCACAUUGGUGGCAGUGGAACGGCCUUUGGAAGACAUCAUUGCUCAACUCCCACCACCCAUCAAACGGAAGAAAUUUGGAACUUAAGUGGAGUGGUGUGUUUCCUUCCCUGAACUGACUGACUUGUUCUUUUCCUAAAAAUCAUGAUAAUAAAACAAAGUUAUUCUUUAGGGCUAGGC